ACCACAAAAAUGCUAAAAAAUAAGUGUAACCUUACAUUACUGCAGAAGUAUUCAAAUAUUGUAAUUACUGCUACUUAUUUAAUCAGAAAUAAUAAUUGGUUACUGAUAUAAUAAAAUAGAACGACGAUGAAGAGGCUAUCAGAGGAAAGAACUAAAAUUUUGUUUGAAAAAUUGUGUAAAUAUAUUGGUUCUAAUAUAAAACUUCUCAUUGAACGACCUGAUGGGAUAUACUGCUUUAGAGAAAAAAAGGACAGAGUGUUUUAUGUAUCAGAGAAAGUCCUAAAACUAGCAGAAACAGUUGGUCCAGACCAUUUGAUAUCAUUAGGCACAUGCUUUGGCAAAUUUACAAAAUCAAACAAAUUUCGUUUAAACAUAACUGCUCUCAACUAUCUUGCUCCCUAUGCACAGUGCAAAAUUUGGCUUAAACCUUCAGCAGAACAACAAUUUCUAUAUGGGCAUCAUAUAAAGAAGUCAGGCUUAGGAAGAAUUAGUGAAAGCACUGAGAAGUAUCAAGGAGUUGUUAUUUUUAGCAUGUCAGAUAUACCUUUAGGUUUUGGGGUAGCUGCUAAAUCCACUGCUGAAUGUAAACAUUCAGAUCCUUUAGCUAUAGUUUGCUUUCACCAGGCAGACAUAGGAGAAUAUAUCAGAGCAGAAGAAGAUCUUUUGUAGUAUAACAUUUAGGGUCUGUAAUUAAAUGAAAAAUAAAUUAUUUUUAUGUAUCCA